UUGAGUUGUCAGCGGCACGUUGUGCAGCUGAUGUAAUUCUACCGAUUUAUUUCAGUAAUUACGCGAUAAGUUGAAAUAACUCGGAGUAUUUAAAUCGUUCAGGUGAAAUAUUUCAUCAUUCACGAUGGAAAACCAUAGAGUGCAGGAUAUUCCUCGCGUGCCUGAAUCAAUCGACUUUCCUCAAGAGGAAGAGAAGAUCCUAACCUUAUGGAAGGAAUUAGACGUGUUCAGAACUUGCUUAAAACAAUCGAAAAAUAAACCCAGAUAUUCAUUUUACGAUGGUCCUCCAUUCGCGACCGGCCUUCCGCAUUAUGGUCACAUCCUGGCCGGAACUAUCAAAGACGUUGUAACUCGUUAUGCACAUCAACAAGGAUUCCAUGUAGAACGUCGUUUUGGUUGGGAUACUCAUGGUCUACCAGUUGAAUUUGAAAUUGACAAUGCCUUGGGAAUCAAAGGCCCUGAAGAUGUUGCCAAAAUGGGCAUUGGCAAUUACAAUGCAGAAUGCAGAAAGAUUGUCACAAGAUAUGUCAAUGAAUGGGAGAGCAUCAUGACCAGAAUAGGCAGAUGGAUUGAUUUCAAAAAUGACUACAAAACCCUAUACCCUUGGUUCAUGGAGACCAUCUGGUGGGUGUUCACUCAGAUGUACAACAAAGGACUUGUCUAUCAAGGCAAUAAAGUAAUGCCCUACUCCACUGCUUGCAAUACACCAUUGUCAAACUUUGAAUCAGGCCAAAAUUACAAAGAUGUAAUUGAUCCAGCUGUAACAGUUAAGUUACCCAUUAUUGGAGAUAAAGAUAAAGCAUCCUUGCUUGUAUGGACCACAACACCAUGGACACUACCAUCAAAUUUAACAGCAUGUGUGCAUCCAGCACAUAAAUAUGCAAGAGUAAAGCAAAUUUCCACAGGAGAAUUUUACAUCGUUAUGGAAGCACGUCUUGAAGCUGUGUUCCAAGAAGGCGAUUAUGAAGUAAAAGAAACCUUCCCAGGUGCUAAACUGAAAGGUUUGGAGUACGUGCCGAUUUUUAAUUACUUCGCUGACCAAAUGAAGAAACAAGGUGCGUAUAAAGUCUUAUUGGAUGAUUAUGUCACUCAGGAGAGUGGUACUGGUGUAGUACAUCAAGCACCGUACUUUGGUGAAGACGAUUACCGCGUUUGUCUUGCAAAUGGUGUCAUCACUCGUGAUCAGGACCCGAUCUGCCCUGUUGAUGCGAGUGGGAGAUUCACAUCUGCCGUUACUGAUUACCAAGGGCAGUAUAUCAAAGAUGCUGAUAAGCACAUCAUUGCAUAUUUAAAAGCAAAUGGAAGAUUGUUUCAUCACAGUCAAGUGAAACAUAGUUAUCCCUUCUGUUGGCGUUCAGAUACUCCGUUGAUCUACAGAGCAGUGCCUUCCUGGUUUGUACGCGUUGAACACAUGUCUGAGGAACUGUUAAAGUCAAACUCAUCCACAUAUUGGGUACCUGACUUUGUAAAAGAUAAACGUUUCGGUAACUGGUUAAAAGAGGCGCGUGAUUGGGCUGUUUCACGUAAUCGUUACUGGGGUACACCUAUUCCUAUCUGGAUGUCUCCUUCCGGGGAUGAAAUGCGUUGUAUUGGAAGCAUUGCUGAGCUGGAAGAGCUCACCGGAUUGAAAAUCACGGAUAUUCAUCGUGAGAGCGUUGAUCACAUUGAAAUACCAUCUCGUAUCCCGGGUAAUCCUCCAUUAAGACGUGUCCCUGAAGUGUUUGAUUGUUGGUUUGAGUCUGGUUCUAUGCCAUAUGCGCAAAUGCAUUAUCCAUUCGAGAAUGUGAAGGAGUUCGAGGAGGCUUUCCCAGCGAAUUUCAUCGCUGAAGGUAUUGAUCAGACCAGAGGAUGGUUCUAUACUUUGUUAGUGGUGUCCCAAUGCUUGUUUGGUAAGGCUCCGUUUAAGAAUUUGAUUGUAAACGGCUUGGUUUUGGCUAGUGAUGGACAAAAGAUGUCUAAACGUAAGAAAAACUAUCCGGAUCCAUUGGAGGUUGUUAGGAAAUACGGUGCUGAUGCGCUUAGAUUGUAUUUGAUUAAUUCACCGGUGGUACGUGCGGAAAAUCUGAGAUUUAAAGAGGAAGGUGUUCGUGAUAUCGUGAAAGAUGUCUUCCUGCCUUGGUACAAUGCAUUUAGGUUCCUUUUGCAAAAUGUGGAAUCUUAUGUGGUGGAUAAUAAGGUUCCAUUCAAGUAUUCGGAAGUAGACAUGAAGAGUACUAAUAUAAUGGAUAGAUGGAUCUUGUCAUUCACGCAAUCAUUGCUUGAUUAUGUCAGGAAGGAAAUGGCGCUGUAUCAUUUAUACACUGUUGUGCCACGACUUACGAAAUACAUCGAUUACUUGACUAAUUGGUACGUACGCAUGAAUCGCAAGCGUCUAAAGGGUGAAGGUGGCCUUGAAGACUGUCGCCAGGCUUUGUUCACUCUCUUCAAUGUAUUGUUGAAUAUUGUUAAGAUGAUGGCGCCGUUUGCGCCUUUCUUGGCUGAUAAUAUGUUCCAAUACUUGAAGAAAUUGACCGAUGAGGAAGCCGACAGUGUUCAUUACCUUAUGCUACCAACUCCCAAUGAAACAUUGAUCAAUCUUGAUAUUGAACGAGCUGUGAGCAGGAUGCAAAGCGUCAUUGAAUUGGGCAGAGUAAUUCGCGAUAGGAAAACAAUCCCUAUUAAGUAUCCGCUUCCGGAUGUGGUUGUUAUUCAUCAGGAUUCUAAAUAUAUUGAUGAUGUUGUAUCUUUGGAGCCUUAUAUUCUUGGUGAGUUGAAUGUUAGGUCAAUGACAACCACAACUGACAAGAGUAAGUACGGUGUGACUUUAAGAGCUGAGCCUGAUCAUAAAACAUUGGGUUUGAGGCUGAAGAAUGAUUUUAAAGCGGUUACCGCCGCUAUUAAAGCUUUGGGUGAUAGUGAGAUUAAUCAGAUGGUGCAGGAUGGUCACAAAAUGAUCUGUGGACAUAAGAUUGGCAUCGAGGAAGUCCGAUUGAUCUUUAAAUCUGACGACGUGACUUCAUCGAAGUAUGAGGUGCAUAGUGACAAUGAUGUUUUGGUCUUGCUGAAUGUGACACCGGAUCAGUCUAUGCAGGAUGAGGGUACUGCCAGGGAGAUAAUUAAUCGUGUGCAGAAACUUAGGAAGAAGGCGCAACUUGUGCCCACCGAUGAAAUUACGGUGUUUUAUAGCACGAAUGGUGACUUGGCACGUGUUGCUAAAGAGUUUUCUACGUAUAUUGAAGAAGCUAUCAGAGCGCCUUUCAAAUUACAAAAAGAUAGAACAUCGCAAGACUCGUUAAUCAUGGAAGAAACGCAGAAAUUGAAGGAUAGCACCUUGACGGUGCAACUAACAAAGAUAUCUAAUUGUGUUGUGCCUAGUUGUCCAUGGGUUAAUGUUGAGUUGGUUGGAAUUGAGCCGAGAUAUGGUCGGAAAGGUACCAAAGGGCUGGUUUUGUUGCAAAAUUCGAGAAAACAGAAGUUGAGUUUUGAUGAUUUUGCACAUGAAGUUGGAUGUUUGUUUGGUAUACCAUGCAAUUUUAAUUUAUUUGACAACAAAGGUAAAGUCGUCACCAAGGAUGCGUUUGCCAAUGCAAGUGGAAGCACUAUUUAUGUAACGAGAAAUGAGAGUUUAGAGACUAGGUCUGCUAGCUCAGAGCCAUUCUGUAAAGUUAAAAAUGUAAAUGGUAGAGUUUUGGUUUUGGAGAACCCGGCGGGAUGCCCAACGAAUGUUAAAGCGUGAAAUUGUCAUUUUGUUUCAGUUAUUUAGGAUAAGUUGUUUUCUUGAUGAGUAUUAUGAUGAAUACAUUUUCAAUUGAAGUAAAUAUAUAAUUAAAACUUA